UUUAAUUUAUACGUUCCACUCAUGAUUGAUCGAUCAUUGCAGCCGCUUUGCAGUCAAGUCUAGUCCACAUUGCUGACAUUAAUUGUCGAGCUCUAGCUCUGGGUUACUGGCCAGGACCACUACAUCUGUUGAUAGGUUGUUUCAGCAAUGGCUACCUCCAUACUAGACCAGCCAGUAGCUAGCUUGGAGUUAGUCACAUGGCAAAGGUUGGGUGGGGAUCUAACAAUCAAGAACCCCCGGAACAGGGACUGGACUGGAGUCGCUGGUCGUGUUGGCUUUAGCAGCAAGCAAGUCGAGUCGCUUCAGCAGCAUCACGACUCAGGUAAAGGAUAUCUGUUCCUGAAAACUUGGGACGGCACUAAAAAGAGCUCAGUGAAAAAAUUGAUCUAUGCUCUGCUGGAUCUGAAAAUGGUUGCUAUUCUGAACAUUCUCCAAGAAGAUGAAAAGCUUUCAGAUGAAGAAUUUCAAAGAACGGAAGCUGAAUACGAUCAUCUCAAACAGGACAACAAGCUGAGGUUUCGUGAUGCUAUACCGGAUUGUACCUUCUAUCAAACCCUGUAUUUCGGAUCAAACACAUGUGUUACGUAUCCAGUGUCUACAAGAACAGAGGAAUGUCAAGUUGAGGAAUUAGCACGUGACCAGUGUGCACCUCCUGGCGUCUUCAUGGAACCAAAAACUGUCUACAUCAGCUACGCUUUUGGAUCCAUUCCCUCAAAAACUAAGUCUUCGAUAAACAAGCUUGCUGAAUUCUUACAUAGCCAAACCUUCAAAGUCUACUACGAGCCUCAUUGUCAGGAAGAGAUUCAAAAUAUGGGCGGUCUCAAUGCCUGGAAGGAAUAUUGCAUACAAAGGAGUGAAAAUAUUAUCGUGAUAUGCACACCCACGUAUCAACGCGAGGAUAGCAAACAUCUCCCAAGUCAAAGUUCACUCUCUACCAAACCUUCAAAGAUUUCCGUUGAUAGUCGACUACUAAGAUUACUAGCUUACUCACACGCAUCAACUGAGAAGGCAAGGUUGCUACCUGUGGUAUUGGACUCGAAAAAGGCGAAAAUAACUGAGUGUGUCCCUAUAUGGUUGCAGUCGUCACAGCAGCACUGUUGGCCCAGUGGAAAGACUGAUCUGCUUUAUGCACUGAUGAAGCAACCCAAGUACAAGCUUGAAAAGCCAAGACCUGAAGAUCUUAUCAUUGUCAAGCCAACUGUUAUUGGACUACCAAAGCACAGAGCACGCAAAACUCUUAAGUAGUUGUUUCGUUUUUGUGUGUAAAUGAUUGUGUCAUGUGUUUUUUUAUGUGUUUGUGUGUGAUGCUGUACUUGAAUUUGGUAGUGAUCGUAGGCUAAUUCGUGAGGAUGAUGUCAUCUGAAGCAUUGUCAUCAUUGAGGUCGAGGUACUAGGUACGUGGACUUGAACACGUUCGAGUUCAAUUUUGAGAGCUGGCCAACCACCAAACCUGUGUUUAAUCUACUACUGUCAAGCCAUGCCCACUAUCAAGCUUCAGAGCAGUGAUGGGGAGUCCUUUGAGGUGGAGGUAGAUAUUGCCAAAGCCUCCAAUACAAUCAAGACAAUGAUAGAAGAUCUUGGUAUGGACGAGGAUGAUGAUGAUCCCGUGCCUCUACCGAACGUAAACGGUGCGAUCAUGCGUAAGGUGAUAGAGUGGGCCACCCACCACAAGGACGACACAGCACCCCCUGAGGACGAAGAGAACAAGGAGAAGAGAACCGAUGACAUAGAGCCGUGGGAUCAGGAGUUCCUCAAAGUUGACCAAGGAACACUAUUUGAGCUCAUUCUAGCUGCCAACUACCUUGACAUCAAGGGCCUUCUAGACGUCACGUGUAAAACAGUAGCUAACAUGAUCAAAGGCAAAACCCCUGAGGAGAUUAGGAAGACAUUUAACAUCAAGAAUGACUUCUCACCAGAAGAGGAGGAACAGAUACGCAAAGAGAAUGAAUGGUGUGAGGAGAAAUAGGAGCAUGUCACCAUAGCAACUACAUACUAACUGACAUAAGUUUUUAGUUCUCUCUCUCUGUGCUGUUGGCUUGCUUGUGUUUAUUAUCGCUUGAUGUAUAUAAUUAUAGUAUAUAUGAGUAUGUGUAAUUGUACAUUGUUAUUACUUG